GGUCAAUCGAUCUGAUCAAGAAUCGAGUAGCACUUAUGCCCACCAGCCAAUGGCAAACAAGAAUGCAUACUGCACGGAACGAGGAGACCUACAAGGAGUACAGUUCUCAAAAGAUCUAGUGCUAACCAAUACUUAUACUCGGUUUCUAGAGUGUGGUAUUCUUUCCGAUGGCAGGGUAGACCCCGAUUGGGGUAAAGAAUGGUUGGUAAGCAUUGGCGCAAUUGCGAGAGCUAGUGAUACCGAGGUUUACAAUAAACAACUCAUUAAAAGUGUCAAUCAUCUCGAUAUUCGAUUGAUAUGGCCUCAUAGCGACGUAUUGUUCUUCUACACACACUAUCCUGUUUACUGUGGGAUGAUCGGUCUCCGAUUAUUGACGAGCCACGACGAGGCCCGUCUUGCCCAUUGUGAUUUUCACCUCGUCAUAAUCUUCAUGGCGCAUCUGUAUCAGGAAUGCGUACGAACCAGCUUUUUUCAAAAAGUAUGGCCAGCAAUGGAAACAAUGAUACAGCUACAUCGGAAGGACAUCUUUGAUGGCAAUGUACCAAAGUCCGCAGACGAGGCAUACGAGAAAUUCUCUAAACAAUUUUUCCUGUCCAAGGUUUCAAGUCAAGAAUACGCCAGAGCAAAACCUCCAGGAGAAAUGACAAUGCCGGAACUAUCGAGAAAAGCUUUCAGUCAAGCUAUCCGUCCAUUUCUGGAACACCAAGCAACUUUCAACGAAGCCACCAACAGUCUCCAGAACCUAGUCCAGAAUCUCCCAUCGGCAGCAAUGAUGAAGGACACCAAUCGACGCGUGAAACGACAGCUUACUUCAUUACAAUUCCUACACGUUUUGGAAGGGUUUCUGCCCGAAGAGAUAUCGAAACUGCAAUUCGAUUACAUCGCUUUGACACUCGCUUGUUAUCCCCUGUUGGAAAAAAUUCGUCUAGCGAUCGAUCCCACUGGGAAACAAAAUCCAAAGCGUACGUUACCUGGUGGAAGAGAGCCAGCAUUUCUAUUUAUGACUUUGGAUAUACUAUCUAAAGGAAGGACCGGAGGUGAGAAUCCGUUGCUGAGAAUUGUAGCGGGGGUACUGGAGAAGUUUUUGGAGGAUGAGGAAAUUUUGAAAACAUGAGGAGUUCCAAUGCGCAAUGGCCUUGGCCAACGUGUUUCGGAUCUAGGGAAGCAUUAUGUGAUGGGGCGGUCAUGGUUACAACGGUGAGAUCGAGAUUAAUGUUGGUUAUGAAACUAUUGAGAUGGGAAUUUUACAUUGUAUAGAUAUUCGGCUC